AUGCCAGUUUCCGGGAACGAAGAGCCUGGAGUUCUUGCCCGACAGUCUAAUAACUCUUCGUGUCUUCUUCCUUAUAAGAAGAGGUGGUACUCUUUGCUCUAUCCUCGUGCACCUAUCCAUCCUGAACGUUCUUUUUCUAAUGAAAAUAAAUCCAAGACCAAAGAUUCUGGCUUGGGACAAAGAUCAACCUUGAAUUCUUGUGAUAGUACAGGUAAAUCUGAUGCUCCCAAUAAGUCUCUUCUAGAGGUAAAAGAAGAAAGGCCUUUGGGUGUGAAAGUUGACUCUCAGCCUACUAUGCUACCAUUUUUAUCUGUUUCCACGGAAACAAAUCCUUAUACUAGUUCUGGUCCUUCAAGAAAUGUUGACGAUCUAGUGAAACCAGCAUUGGUUGUAAAAUUAGCUCGCCAGGAAGCUAUAGGUACAACAAAAGUUUCUGUCAAGAAAGAAGUCACUGUCAAACAAGGGGAAAGCCACAGUAAACUUGAACUUCCUGCCCAUUCAGGGAACGUUGAACUGUCAUUAGGCCCAAAGAAACCUCAUGUUUCUUCUUUGGUUGAUCCAGAUACUAAGGAGAGUUGUCUGAUGAGUGGAACUGUAAAUCCUUCAAUGCUUUCUCUUUCCUUGAAUAAAAGGAAAGACAUUUCCAAGGAAGGAAGUUGCAAGAAUGGAUUGAAUAGCAAGGAUGCUGAUGAUACUGCACACACUGAUAGAUCUAACUGGGAUCUGAAUACUCCCAUAGAUUCAUGGGAGGGUUCUGGUGAUGUUGUUCCUGUUCAUGAUACAAGUCAAAUCGAUCUGUUAGGUAAGACAUCUAGUUCACUAGACAGAAAGCCGCCUAUUAGUUCUGCUUCUGUUAUUGGUUCUGAUGGUGAUGGGAAGCAAGUUGUUGGAGCUAGUGAGCAGGAAUUUAAUUUUCCUAUUUCAUCAAUACAUCCUAGCCUACGACACAAGUCUGCAGAUGUGCUUCGUCUUAGUCUUGGUAGUACUUUACGAGGGUUUGAUUCCUCAGCACUGCAGUCAUUGUAUAAAGUAGACUCCAGCAGGGUUAGUCCAAACUCAAGUUUGCUAAAAAAUCUAGCAUUGGAUAGAAACAUGAAUCCCCCUACUUGUAAAACUGUUAAGUCAGAACCUUUUGUAGAAGCCUUAGUACAAGCUAAUGCUGGAACUGCGGUUCGUACAGCUGGAACAUUCGAGGCUAAUGUUGUAAAAACUGAGGUUGUGAGGAAGAAUCUGCAGUCUAUUGAGUUAUCAACUAAGGGCCCUCCGGAAUUACUUGAGCAAAAACCAAUGAAAUGUGAACCACUCCAAGAAAUAUCCAUUACAUCAGAUGUGAUUGCGCCCCAAUCAGUUGGACAGCUUCAGGAGUGUUCUUCUUCUUCUUCUACACUGCCAAUGCCUUUGACCCCUCAACAGGGAUGCACUUCUAGAUUGUCUACUUGUUCAGAUUUGUCUGUGAGUGGUGGGGACUUGUCUACUCCAUCUGAGUACUCUGUUCAUACUAAUGAACCUACUAGGAGUAAAAAUGCUCUAGAUCAGGCAAAUGAUGAUAUUGCUGCUCAAAAUGCAGACUUUGACCUCAAAGAACUAAAUGUAUGCAGUGUUAAGGUGGAGGCAUCUGUUUCUGGGAGCAUGAAUAUUGAAGAUCACACGGUAUACAAAAAGACACAAGACACACAUAAUUUGGUUGCAAGUGGUGAGGGAUCGGCAAAUGAUGGGGAAAAGAUAAGUAUAUCAGCUUGUACAGAAGAAGAAUGUUAUGGUUCUGAUUAUGAAUCUGAUGGGCAUCAGGCUUUUGCGGGUCAUGUUGACACUGAGAGUGUGGGGUGUGUCAGAGAGGAUGAGGAAUAUGAAGAUGGCGAGGUCCGAGAACCAAUGAUGCAGUCGAUUGUAGAAAACCCAAUUGCUGAGGGGAUGGAUUCAGGAAAAAAUAAAAAUGAUCAUAAAGACAUUAAUCUGGGAGGUCCAUUAUUAGAUAAAGAUGAAACAACCAGAGAUGAUGAGCAGAGGCCUGUUAGUGCUAUUUACCAAGGAUCAGUUGAUCAAUCAGGAAUAGCAGAUGUGCAGGAGGGAUGUGAAAAGGAUGUCUUAUGUGUCAGACCAUCUGCUGGGAGCAGAGGAGCUGUCAGGAAUGUUUUUGAGGCUAAUAAUGAGUAUAUUGGAAGAUCUGAUAUGUCAGCAACAGCCCUUUCAUCUUUGCAAAAUGCUGAAACACCUGUUAAUACUACCUGCAGUAAAGAUUUGUCAAAUUUUGGAAGCAAGAGCCGGAUCAUCAGUUUACCCCGUGCAUCCGAUGUGACAUCUUCUAGUGAUUUCAGACCUGUAACGGGCAGGUCGUUGUCUUCAAGAAGUGGAAGAGAGAGGUAUUCUUAUGCGGAGGAGGAGAAAUUCCAUCUACGAAAGAAUAGGGAUGAAAUCUAUGGUCAUGGUUCUAAAUUUGUGCUAGAUAGGUCUCCAGACCGUUCAUUUGGUAGCUCAAGGGGGGAAUUCAUGCGUGGAAGAGGGAGGGGCUCGGACCAAUUUCACAGAUCACGUAGAGAUAGGGAUUCUGGGCGUGAUUUUGAAAGCUAUGGAGGUGUAGCUGAUUAUCGCUUUAGACAUAAACGUACAGCUGCUGUUGGGGAAUAUGAAAAUGAACGUAAUCAAUCUAUGUAUGAUAGACCUGAUGCUCAUUUCGUUCAAGGUAAUACAAGGUUUACCGCGAUACAGAGAAGAGAUUUCCCUCGAACUCAGUCUAAAUCUCCUGUUAGAUCCUGUACUUGGUCGUCUCCUCGGAGGAGAUUGACGGAAGGAUUGAAUGGUCAUCAAGAUUCAUCUCAGCACAGGUCUCCGGUUAUGAGGGAAGAUAGAAUGAGGUCUUCUCCACAAACUUCUUUUACUAAUGAAGCAAUAGCUCCUCAAAGGCGUGACUCACCAUCUUACACUGCUCGUCGUCUGAAUGAUAUGAGGGAUGUGGAUGCUGUACAGGAGCACAGGCAUCCCAGGUCUCUUUCUAACAGAAGAAGUCCACCUGAUCAGGUAUUUACUAGUACCAGUAGGAGAGUUGAGAUUUUAGAUCAUCGGGAGAGGGCUGAUGGUGAUGCGUACUUAGAUGGGCCGAUACACACUGGUAGGUUUCCUGAGCUUCACAGUGGUGAAAGUACUGACAAAAGAAGGAAGUAUGGCGAGAGGCAAGGAGGACAUAGGCAAAUAAGAAAUGCUGAAGAGCAAGAUGGUGGUAAUUUUAGACAGAGUAAACAACUUUGGCAUGAAGACCAAUUUGAUGUCUCCAGAUUGAAGAAAAGAAGAUUUUGACUUGAUAGCUCACUGAACCUGUACUAUUAGCA